GAGGUGGCGUCUGGCAGUGGUGCGCGAGUGUGUGCUGACAACCGCCUGCGCUGGGACCUGACCCCCGAGCAGAUCCAUCAGCUCUCAGAUGAGCUUAUUGACAAGACCAAAAAGGUGUACGACUGUGUUGGGGCCCUGGACCUGGCCAGUGUUUCCUAUGAGAACACCCUGAAAGCCCUCGCUGAUGUAGAGGUGGAGUACACUGGUGGGUGAGACCCAUACUCCAAAAUGCCACCUUUCUUUAACCCCCUUUCCUCUAUUGUGACAGUGAAUUGAAAUUACUGAAUUGAGGUCACAGCAGUACGGUGAAAAUACGGUGUCAACCUCUCCAGUCAUUUAAAGAGCCGUCUGCCAUCAAGGAAAUAAUUAGAGGGUCGGAGGGAUAUUGAGUGUAUGUGACUUGACAAGUGCUUCCCAACAGGUUUCCCCUAUAAUUUCCUCUAUAUAACAACCUAUAGGUUGAUUAGAAAUCCAGGGCUUAAAAACAAAGGUAUCAUUGUACGCUGAUGGUUCAUGUGGUCUUUGAAAUCCACAACUUGAAUCCCUCCACAGCCUCAUAGAGGAUCUAGAUACAUUUUCUAACCUCUCUGGAUUACAACCAAAUUAUGACAAAUGUACUAUAUUACGUAUUGGAUUACAAAAAAAUACAUUUUUUACAUUACCAUGUAGUUUACCAAUAAAAUGGUCUGAUGGUGGAUGGUUCUGAUGUGGAUAUACUCAGAAUACAUAUCCCAAAGGAAAUAAAUGAUCUCACUCCAAUACAUUUUAAUAGAAAGUUAGCAAAAAUAGAUAUGAUCUUGCUACCAUGGAAAGGUAAAUACCUGUCAAUUUGUGGAAAAAUCACCCUGAUUAACUCUUUAGUAUUAUCCCAGUUGACCUAUUUGCUUAUGGUCUUGCCUACGCCUAGCGAACAGUUUUUUUUAAAUUAUAUGAGAAAAAAAGAUUCAAUUUUAUUUGGAAUGGCAUGCCAGACAAAAUUAAACAGGCCUAUUUAUAUAUUGAAUAUGAAUUCGGAGGACAGAAAUUAUUAAAUAUUAAAGCAUUAGACCUAUCACUAAAAGCUUCAGUCAUACAAAAGUUAUACUUAAAUCCGAAUUGGUUCUCUAGCAAAUUAGUAAGAUUGUCUCACCCAAUGUUCAAGAAUGUCCUUUUCCCCAUUAUUCAGAUUACAACCUCUCACUUUCAGUUAUUUGAAAAGGAAAUCAUCUCCCAAAUAUCACUAUUUCCAAAACAAGCCAUAGAAAGUUGGUUGCAAUUUCAAUUUAAUCCUCCAGAAACGACAGAACAAAUAAUGCAACAAAUAUUGUGGUUAAACUCAAAUAUACUAAUUGACAUUGAUUUUUUUUGACGAAAUGUUUAAAAAAGGUAUAAUCUUUGUAAAUGAUAUCAUCGGUAGGACUGGUGGAGUUAUGUCGCACAUGCAGCUAACAAAAACAUAUGGAAAUGUCUGCUCUACCCAAAAUUACAACCAAAUAAUUGCAGCCUUACUGCAAAACUGGAGAGGAAAGUGGAAGGGGGAGAAAGUAAGGAACUUGUCUGUCGGCCCUGCAUUAAAGAACAUAAUUGGUUAAAGAAAACUGUGAUAAAUAAAAAAGUAUACCAGUUUCAUUUAAUAACCAAAGGAUUGACAGCCGUCCCAUAUAGAUUGCGAAAUAGUUGGGAGGAGAUUUUUGACGUACCGAUCCCAUGGCAUAGUGUUUAUGAACUGAUACGCAAAACGACACCGGAUUCAAAACUUAGAAUCUUUCAAUUUAAAUUAUUAUAUAAAAUUCUUGCUACCAAUAGAAUAUUAUUUAUAUGGGGGAUACAAUCUUCCCAGCUCUGCAGAUUUUGCUGCGAAGAGACAGAAUCACUAGAUCAUUUGUUUUGGUACUGUCCAUUUGUAGCUUGUUUUUGGACACAGGUCCAGGAAUGGCUAAAGGAUUGCAAUAUUUACCUGGAGCUAACCUUGCAGAUAGCAUUACUGGGUGAUCUGAAAAGUCAUAGUCAAUCGAUCAAUAAUAUAAUAAUACUUUUAGCAAAUAUGUUUAUUUUCAAUUUACGAUCUGUAGAAACAAUGAGAAUAGAAAGGUUCAGAGCUUUUGUAAAACAUCACAGUACAGUUGAAAAAUAUAUGGCAAAUAGAAAUCCUAUAUGGCUGGUGUUAAGAGCUAGAUGGGAGGUGUUGAAUGGAGUUGAAGGAUGGGACUAAUAACAACUAACAACAACUAAUAACAAGAUAACUAAUAAUGUAAGCAUACUGUGUCCAUAAUAACUGUAUAGGUUGUAGGUUGGGAGCUUUUGUGAAAGGAGCACAGAAAGAUAUGGCAUAUAGAAGCAAACCGGAUGGACAUCAUGAAAAUGAUCAGAGAGGUUGAGAGUAGAAGAAGUUCAGGAGAAAAAACAAACAAAAUAUAAUUAUAUGUCCAUAAAAUGUAUAUAGUCAGUAUAAGCUGGAAGUAGAGGCCUAAGCAUUGUUGUUCACUAGUUUACUCCAAUUAGGGAAAGGGUGGUGGGGUUGGAAAGUAAUAAAGGGGAAUAUAUAUAUAUAUAUAUAAAAACAUGGGGAUUGGAAGUGAUGCAGACAAUUACAUUGAUGGAAGUUACAAUCUAUCUGCAAUAUUAAGCUGAUCUACCCCCUUAAAAAAAAAAAAAAAAACCUAUAGGUUGAUUCAUAAUUGGUGCAUUUGUACAGUAGAACCAUAUACUCAUGUAAAGAAGGCAAAUAACAAGUCCUUGCACCUUGUUGGUAGCUGAUGGGCAGGUUUCACAAAAAACUAAACUAAGGAUACAUAAUCAGUUCAGUCCAAGGCAACCACACCUAGCAUCUACUCCACUGCCAUUGUAAGCGAUGGGGAAAAGUCUGAGUUGGCAGGAAAGAGGUAUGCAAUGGUAGAGACAAAUCAGCACUUUUUACACAAAGACUAGCUGACCAGCCUAUGCUCACCACAAUAGUGUUUUGGGCAUUGUUUUGAAGCCAGGGCAAAGGCAGUGGACCCUGGGCUGUAGAUGUUACAUCAGGCAGUUGUAGCCUUUCAUAAACCCAGAGCAGCAAAAUAUAUUGUACAAAAUAACAUGUUUUUAUACUCGCUUUCCUGCCUCAUCAUUUUAGGCCUUUUGUUACCUGUUUCAUCACAAUGCACAUUCCCCAAAACAUGAGCUUAAGUUUCAAACAGAACAUUUUCACAUUAGACUGGAUUUAUAGACUACAGGUGGGUGCGACACAUUGGUAAUGGAUGAGGUGAGUUCCAGUCUUUCAGUACGAAAGCACUCUGAGCACUGAAAAAGCCCUAUAUAUAUAUAUAUAUAUAUAUAUAUAUAUAUAUAUAUAUAUAUAUAUAUAUAAUCAUUGUCAUGAUACAGUGCAUCAUGAUACAGUUGCUGACUUUUUUUUAUAGUGAGGAAUGUUUUUUUUUCAUGAUCGUGUUUUGCAAGUUAAUUUUCUUCAAUUGCUUGUAAAUGUUUUAUGUUUUUAUUGCAUUGGAAUUGUAAAUAUUGUGAGUUUGUAUGAUCCUGUGCAGGGCUCCCUUUUAAAAAGAAGCCUUUGUCUCAGGGGGAUUCCCUGUUUAAAUAAAUAAUAAAAAUCACAUGCAAAGAAAAUGACACUCAUAACACCUGCUCACGCUUGCAUUUUGACAUGUUGUUCCAGUUGAGCGCAAUAUGCUGGACUUCCCCCAGCACGUGUCCUCCUCCAAGGACGUGCGCACGGCCAGCACCGACGCCGACAAGAAGCUGUCAGAGUUUGACGUGGAGAUGAGCAUGAGGGAGGAUGUAUACCAGAGGAUCGUGGCGCUGGAGGUGAGGAGGAAGAGGUCAAUACAGAAGGUCCAUCUCAAUAGUCUAAAGUGACUUCCUCUCCUCAUCUCUUUACAUCGACAUUUGAGUCAUUUAGCAGACGCUCUUUUCCAGAGCGACUUACAGUUAGUGCAUUCAUCUUAAGAUAGCUAGGUGGGACAUCCACAUAUCACAGUCAUAGAAAGUACAUUUUUCCUCAAUAAAAUAGCUAUCAGCAAGGUCUGAGCUAAAAAGGGAAGAAAAAAGUCAUUUGAUUUAUUUUUCAUCUGAAGUCUGCACUGAUCUGAAAACACACUCAGUGGAUGUGCUUUCGUCUGCCACUUCAUCAGAUCAGUACAGCUGAUAAAUACUUUGAGGGAUCAGGACUAAUAAAGAAGGGGAAAAUACCCUUUGGCCUGUUGAGAUAAACCGAUAGAUCUCUGUAGGUGAGGCCUGUAUGUUUUCAAAUGUUAUUGCCUCAUCAUGUUGUCUUUAGAAUUAUCCUAUGGCUAAGGCAAAGGCUGGGUGGAGUAUCGUUUUCAUCACCCGAGUUCUGCUUUUCGUCCUCACAGGGGAAGGUUGACGCUGACACGCUCACUGAUGAAUCCAAGAGGUACAUGAAGAGGCUCAUCAAGCUGGGCCAAAGGAACGGCCUCCACCUGACCAAAGAGACACAGGAUGUAAGGGACUUUACUGAAAGGUUUUAAAUUCCAAAGCUCAUACUCUGAUUAGACCUUGGUUCAAAUACUAUUUGACAUCUUUCCAAUACUGAACGAUUGCUUUAGCCUGCCUGUAGUGGUUCAGACAAGCACAGCUAAAGUAUCAGAAAUUAUUUUAAAAAGUAUUUGAACCCAGCUCUACCUCUGAUCAUUAGGGUCAUUGUCAACCCAUUGUCUUAACUUCUAUCUCAAAAUAGGAAGUCAAGAGGAUUAAGAAGAAGCUGAGCAACCUGUGCAUUGACUUCAACAAGCACCUGAACGAGGACACCACCAGUCUGGUUUUCACCAGAGAGGAGCUGGGUGAGUUCAUAGGCUAUAGAUUUGGUCUGCUAUUGGAUCAUUGGUCAGGCACUUAUCAAAGCAGUCCCUGUUCUUUUGUAGAAGUCACGGGUCAAAAUAAUGCCAAAAACAUCACUUUCACCGACGGUCACUGUGCAGUUCGACAGUAACUGAUUUAGUGACAUUAAGGGGAAGGACGCUUGGAAAUGUUGAUGUCUCUUUCUUGGCCAUAUGAAAAUCGAGCUAGUUUUCAGGUUUCCAAUUUGAUUGCGUAAAAAAAGAAGCAACAAGCGCUGGAUAAUUGAAAGCAAAUCCAGAAAUAUGACUUCCGACAUGUAUGACGAUGCACUUUAGGCGGUCUCCCCGAGGAUUUCCUGAGCUCGCUGGAGAAGGACGGGGACAAGCUGAAGAUCACCCUCAAGUACCCUCAUUACUUCCCCACCAUGAAGAAGUGCUUCAUCCCAGAGACCCGUAGGAAGCUGGAGGAGGCCUUCAACUCUCGCUGCAAAGAGGUGAGCCAUGGUCUGUUCUGUGUGAGACAGAGAUGCUAUCCGGUAUUGGGGAGAAUUGGGUACACUUCCGUAAUAAUAAAAAAAAAAUACAUGGCAAUGACCAGAGAAAGUACUUGAAACAAGAAAAUCAAUGAGCCCCCUCAAAUAAAGUUGAAUUGCUGCACGGAAAUGUACGUUUAAGUUUAUUUCAGCGAACAUGUAUGAUAGACAACAUGUUGGUUGGUGGUGCGUUUCAGCUCCACAUUUUGCAUUUUCUCUGAGCACCAAGGUUAACCUGAAAAAUGGUCCCCUGGAAUGAAUUUCAGAUUCCACCCUGUGUAAUUUUCUCCUGGUGUAGGAGAACUCUGCCAUCCUGAAGGAGCUGGUGCAGCUGAGGGCUCAGAAGAGCUCCCUGCUGGGCUUCACCACCCACACUGACUUUGUCCUGGAGAUGAACAUGGCCAAGUCUGGCAAGAAGGUGGCCGGCUUCCUAGGUGGGUGUUACUGAUCGAGAUCGGAGGGGUUGAGGAAGGAGUUCGUACAACUCAUUGAAAGGUUGUUAUUGUUCGUGGUUCCAUUUUCAACUGACCAGUGUACAAUUUGGCUAGUUGUUUGUGGUUGACUAUUGUUAGCUGCAGAGGCUGCUGUCCAUUCUAUCAGAAACAAAGUAAUAUAUGUGUAAUAAUUAAACCCUAACUUGCUCCAGGGGCACUGUAGUACUCUGGCUGAUCCUGUAAAACAACACAUUUCACUGCACCUAUCCGGUGUAUGUGACAAUAAAACAUUAGUUUUUUGUGUGUGCUGCAGCUGCUUCACUAUACUCCCCUGGCCGUAACCACCCUGUUCUAUUUUAGGGAAAGUAUUGAUGUCAUAUUGUUUGUUGAGGGCAUUGCUCACACUCAACUAUGCAUUAACAAACACAACUGCUACAACACAAAAUGGUUCACAUUUCAAAAAAUUUUACAACAAUGCACGCGCAAUUACACACACACUAGUUACCACCCCUCUGCUCCAACCUGUGUCUGUCUUUCGGAGGAGACACAUGUCCUUUGUGUACCUUUUGACAAUAAGGUAAUGUUCCUCUUUUCCAGAGGAGCUGGCCCGUAAACUGAAGCCCCUGGGGGAGGAGGAGCGCAGGGUCAUCCUCACACUGAAGGAGAAGGAGUGCCAGAAGAGGAACCUGCCUUUCAACGGCGAGCUGCAUGCCUGGGACACGCGUUACUUCAUGACCCAGGUAGAGAAGAGGGAAAAUACAGUGUCUGUUACGCUCAGUGACCCA